GGAGGAGGCGAAGGCCUGGUGGCUGGGCAGGGGCGCCAUGGCGGCGGCCGAGACGAAGAUCAUUUACCACCUGGACGAGCAGGAGACACCGUACCUGGUGAAGCUGCCGAUCCCAGCCGAGCGCGUCACCCUCGGCGACUUCAAGGGCCUCCUCAACCGCCCCAACUACAAGUUCUACUUCAAGUCCAUGGACGACGACUUUGGGGUGGUGAAAGAAGAGAUCUCAGAUGACAAUGCCAAGCUUCCCUGCUUCAACGGCCGGGUGGUGUCAUGGCUGGUGUCUGCAGAGGGUUCCCAUUCAGAUGCUGGCUCAGUCUGUGCCGAUAACCAAACAGAGCUGCCACCCUCCAUGGAGCGCACAGGGGGAAUUGGAGACUCCAGGCCCCCCUCUUUUCACCCUAACACUGGGGGGAGCCGGGAAAACUUGGACAAUGAGACAGAGACAGACUCGGUGGUGUCAUCGCAAAGGGAACGACCUCGUCGGAAAGAUGGGCCUGAGCAUGCACCCAGGGUGAAUGGUACCGUGAAGGGAGAGCGGCGCCGAGACCUUGGUGGCUAUGAGAGCUCCUCCACGCUCAUGAGCAGUGAGCUGGAGACCACCAGCUUCUUUGAUUCAGAUGAAGAUGACUCUACCAGCAGGUUUAGUAGUUCAACAGAGCAAAGCAGUGCCUCCCGUCUCAUGAGGAGGCACAAGCGACGCCGGCGGAAACAGAAGGCUCCACGCAUCGAGCGGUCAUCGUCCUUCAGCAGCAUCACAGACUCCACCAUGUCCCUGAACAUCAUCACAGUCACGCUGAACAUGGAGAAAUACAACUUCCUGGGCAUUUCUAUUGUGGGACAGAGCAAUGAGCGUGGGGAUGGAGGCAUUUACAUUGGCUCUAUCAUGAAGGGCGGCGCUGUGGCAGCUGAUGGCAGGAUUGAGCCCGGAGACAUGCUCUUGCAGGUAAAUGACAUCAACUUUGAGAACAUGAGCAACGAUGAUGCUGUGCGGGUGCUGAGGGAGAUCGUGCACAAGCCGGGGCCCAUUACCCUGACGGUGGCCAAGUGCUGGGACCCCAGCCCUCGGGGCUGCUUCUCGUUACCCAGGAUUGCUCCCCAGCGGAUCUGGGCUGGGCCUGAUUCUCCAUGCUCCGAUCCGGGUGAGCCUAUCCGGCCCAUCGACCCGGCAGCCUGGGUGUCUCACACAGCAGCGAUGACUGGCACCUACCCAGCGUACGGUAUGAGUCCAUCCAUGAGCACAAUCACUUCCACCAGCUCCUCCAUCACCAGCUCCAUCCCAGAGACCGAACGCCUCGAUGACUUUCACCUGUCCAUCCACAGUGACAUGGCCACCAUUGUCAAAGCCAUGGCCUCACCAGAGUCAGGCCUGGAGGUCCGUGACCGUAUGUGGCUGAAGAUCACCAUCCCAAAUGCCUUCAUUGGUUCAGAUGUGGUGGACUGGCUCUAUCACCAUGUGGAAGGCUUCACAGACCGUCGUGAGUCCCGCAAAUACGCCAGCAAUCUGCUGAAGGCUGGCUACAUCCGGCAUACCGUGAACAAGAUCACCUUCUCGGAGCAGUGCUAUUACAUCUUUGGAGACCUCUGUGGAAACAUGGCUAAUCUUUCCCUUCACGAUCACGAUGGCUCCAGCGGUGCCUCAGAUCAGGACACUUUGGCUCCACUCCCCCACCCGGGAGCUGCACCCUGGCCUAUGGCUUUCCCAUAUCAGUAUCCACCACCUCAUCCAUACAACCCCCACCCCGGCUUCCCUGACCCAAGCUACAGCUACGGAGGCGGCAGUGCAGGCAGCCAGCACAGUGAAGGGAGCCGGAGCAGCGGAUCUAAUCGCAGUGGCAGUGAGAGGAGGAAGGAGAGAGAGAAGACCGGAGAGUCCAAGUCAGGUGGCAGUGGGAGCGAGUCAGACCACACCACGAGGAGCAGCAUGCGGCGCGAGCGCGCAGCCAGCGAGCGCUCGGUGCCAGCCAGCCAGCACAGCCAGCGGAGCCAGCACUCCCUGGCUCACAGCAUCCGCAGCCACCACAGCCAGCAGUCAUACGGGCCGCCCGGCCUCCCCCCUCUCUUCAGCCCCCCCAUGUUGCUGAUGCCUCCACCACCGUCAGCCAUGGGCCCCCCCGGGGCACCGCCAGGCCGUGACCUGGCCUCUGUGCCCCCCGAACUGACAGCCAGUAGACAGUCCUUCCGAAUGGCCAUGGGCAACCCCAGUGAGUUCUUUGUGGAUGUAAUGUGAAGCGCCCGUCCCCUGUCUGUCUGCUGCCCCUCCUUCCCUUCUCCAUCCCCGUCGUUUGUCUCCUAGGACCAGCCCUGGCUUCAACCUCUUGGGGUUUUUUUUUUGGGGUUUUGUUUUUUGGUUUUUCAUUUUUUGGGGUUUGGUUUUUUUUGGUCUUGAUAACAGAAAGAAAAAAAAAAAAAGGGAAAAAAAAAUAAAUGGAACUAAACCUUGAUUCUAAUCCCUCCUCGAGUGGGGUGGGCAGGCCUGGCAGGCCUGCUGGGUGCUGCCAGCCCAUCCUGCCACCAGACUUGUGUAUUGCCGAUGGUAAUUCCCUCCUGCCGUCCUCUCUAACCCCAUUAAUCCGCACCCGUCCCAGCACCCUGUGCUGCUUGCCCGUGUGUCACUGCUGCUUCAGUCCUUCCACCCUAAACAUCUCUUCUUUCUUUUCACCCUUUUGUGUUUCUUCUAUCAAGCAGCAAAGAAUUACGGGGUGUUUGACUUUCUCUGAGCCUGCCGCCUGUGGGGGGGAGAGCUGGAGCAUGGCGUGGCCCGACAGGAGGACACGGAGCUCCAAGGGCGCUGGGCACGCAUGGCGCUGAAGAUGGUGCUUCUUUCCUCCCCCUUGUGGAAGACACCCUGCCCUUACUGCAGCCCUGAGAGGGGAGCAGGGACCAGCCUUAUAGAUACACAUUUUAAAUCCCAUUCUAGUUGCCUUUUGGCUGAUGCAUGAAUGUUCCAGGGCUUCAGUGCCUCUUGGGAGUGGAGAGAUGCUGGCAGUUACCUCUUGUCUCCCUCCUCUUGCUCACAUAUUGGGCCAGGCCUGAGCCUGGCACUGCACUGUGGCAGGACCCUCCUUCACCUUCCCUGGGCCACAAGUCUUGGGGCUGGGGCUGUACCUCUGCAUUCAGCCUGGAGCAGUGGUGGGUGCCUGUGCAGUCUUGUACUACUUGAGGCACUGCACCUGCCCUUGGGUGCUCUGGGGAAAUUAAAGGGCAGAGUUCUGCUCCCCUUGUCCCAUUCUUUGCCCUUCUGCCUGUGACAUGUUGCUGCUUGUCCUCUUUGUAGGGGCUGUCUCAUGCUUGAGGCUGGUGCUGGCAGCUGUGGCCUUCUCCCUCUGCUGUCAUGCUCCUGCUCAGCCAUGUGAUGACAGCAAGGGCCUGGACAAAGUUAGAAGGUGAGGGAGGGGCACAAGUGGGUCCAUUUGGUACUCUGAAGAAACAUGGAUUUUCUCUGUAUUUACCCAACAGCAGGCCUGAGUCUGCCUCUCUUUCUGCCCGGCGCUGCUGGCCUGGCUGCUCAGAGGGAUGAGGUGCUGGCUUGUCCCUGCUUCCUCAAACAGCAGCUUUCUGGAAAGGGAGGCUGCAGCCUGAACCAUGGCUUCAGGGCUUGGUGCUUGCAUAUGUGCCAGGACAGUUGGCUUUCUGCUUUGGCACUCCCUGCCCUUUUCCGUUCCUCUUCUGGGUACGUGGAGACAUGCCUGGGGCUGGGGGCAGCCCCCUUCCCUGUGCCCAGGGCUAAACACGGUACAGUACAGAUAUGUUCAACCCUGCUUCCAUUGGUGCUGGCACCCUGGUGCCCUCUCCUGCUGUGCCGUGGCUUUCUCUGCAAGCAUUGCCUCCUUUUGUUUUUCUUGUGUUUGCAGUUUUUAUAUGCUGGAGAUGAAAUGUAUUAUUUCCUCGGGGACCUGCAUUACCCCUGCAACCCCUCUGCCAGCUCUCACGUGCCAUCAGUUCAGCUUCCCCUGACUCCCCAAAGCCUUUCCUUUCCCUCUGCCUGCUGGAGUCAGCCUGCCCAGUGCCCACUCUCUGCCCUCCUUCUGUCCCCUCAUUUCAUCACUGGCAAGCUGCUGCCUAUUCCUCCCCCACCCCCUCCUAAUGCCUCCCAGCAGCCUCCCUCCAGCCACUGCUCACACCCUUUCCCUUCCCCUUCCUCCUGGGUUUUAUAAAAACAAA